CUGAAGUCUGAACGCUCUGGCUGGGAUUUCAACAUAGAAAUGGACGGCGAUUUCAAGGAUGAUAAGAGGCUUAUUGCUUCAAAUAGUAAAUCCGUCACCUUUGAUAAACACGCGGACGAAAUUUCGACGGGAAUCGACGAAGAUGACGAAGAAAACGCGACAACUCUCUCUGUUAACACGAAACUUGAGAUGGCAGCCACUUUAAUAAACGAAGCCAGAUAUGGUCGACAUGGUAUAUUUAAACUCACGCCGAAAGAAGUAAGAUUGUACAACUCCUAUUACACGUUUAAAAUCAACUAUUUAAUUCACGCCCUCGUUUGCCUCAACCUGGCCUUGGCGAUAUUCGAAAAACCCGCAGUUUACGAUUUGCCGUACUGGGCCACGAUGAUCAUGGAGUAUGUAUGCAUCUUUGUGUUCGCAAUUUUCUUGUUUCACAAAUGGUAUAUCGCCCCGGACGGCUGCUUUUGGGGCGACAGGAAAAAUAAAUUAAUCAUGGCUACCAUAAUUAUAACAUUCCUGGAUAUGUUGCUGUAUUCGAUUUUCAUGGAAAAUGGUCUCGAGGCAAAAGCAUUGCGCUGGUCAAGGAUUCUUCGACCGAUUUUUGUCAUAAACCUUGAGGGACGACAGAUUCGCCGAUCAUUUCGAAACAUCAGAAGAACUAUCGUUGGUGUUGCUAAUGUGUUGAUCUUACUGCUUCUUGCGAUAGGAUUAUUCGCUUUGCUUGCCACAAAACUCUUCGAAAACAGGAACCUCAAAGAUAUCGAUGGCAAUCCCUACUUCAUCAAAUACUUCGAGUCUUACUAUCAACUUUAUAUCUUUACCACAACAGCAAACAGUCCAGAUGUUGGAAUUCCCGCAUACGACAGCAACAAUUGGUUCGCACUUUUCUUCAUAGUUUUCGUCGUCAUUUGCAUGUACAUCUUUCUGAGUAUUUUAUUGGCCGUUGUUUACGCAAAUUACAGAAAGCAUUUGAAGAACGAAGUGCGCAAAUCAGUGUACCGCAAGAGACGACAGUUGAGGCUUGCGUUUGAUUUGAUCUGCGAAAAGUUGAAAAAAACUGAAAAAACUGUUCUGAAAUUUGAAAGAUGGAAACUUCUUCUGGAAAAAUUGUGUCCACGUUACAGUCCUGGAAAAGUCAGUUUGUUGUGGCAUGUUCUUGAUCGAGAAAACAGGGAUUAUAUCGAGGUCAAAGACUUUCUCAGAGUGUCGGAAUUACUUAACAUAAGAGUGGUUGAGGUCAAAGAUGAAGUUCAUUUGUUUGAAAAGAUUUGCCCAGCAAUUUAUCUCUCCUGGUUGAGCGUGAAGAUCAGAAAAAUGGUGUGUCAUAGAUAUUUCCUGUACUUUUUUGAUGUGGUUAUAUUUGUAAAUGCUAUUGUCAUCGCGCUGUCGUUUGAAAUGGCAGAGGGUGGAUUUCUUUUACUCUUCAACACUGAGCUCUUGUUAAAACUGUACACGUAUGGAUGCAGAGAGUUUUUCGCAAACUUCUGGAACACGUUUGACUUUGUCGUCAUUGAAGGUGCCACAGUAUCAUUCAUUGUCGAGAUAACAAGUGACUCGGUAACCGCAAGUCAGGCAGCAGUAGACUUUCUAAUGAUUCUUCGUGUGCUACGGAUGAUCAAAUUAAUUGGAACUAUCGAAAGGUUCAAAGUUGUAGUGAAUACAGUGAUGCAAAUAGGACCAUCCAUUGCGAUGUAUGGUGGAAUUGUUUUUAUCUGGUUUUACGUGUAUGCCAUCCUUGGCAUGGAAAUAUUUCAAGGGAAGAUCAGAAUGCUUGGGUAUCCAAAUGCGACGGCGAACGCGUCCGAACUGUUUUGCGGCGACGUGAAGUUGAAGAAUUCUGAAUUUUACAACGAACAUUAUUGCGGAGAUAAUUUUAACGAUAUCUUGAAAUCUCUGAAAAUUUUAUUCGAUCUAAUGGUCGUUAACCAGUGGCACAUUCUAACUCAAGGUUUUGUCCUGGUGACAAGCAAGGCUGCUAGAUUGUACUUUGUAUCAUUUCAUCUAACAUGUGUCAUACUAGUCUUAAACAUAUUCGUAGCGUUCAUCAUUGAGGCGUUUAUGCUUCAGUACACAUUUUCUCAUGGCAAGUUUGAAUCUGAGCUUGAAAAAGUUAUUCAAGAAAAAGGUGUUGGCAUUGGCAUGACUCCAAUCACGGAGCGAAGUCGUACGGGCACCACGUUAAGUCAGGAUCUGGAAAUGGGCAAUAACACGCUUCAUAGAACGAGAAGUCAAAUGACAGUCCAGGAAUACGCGAGAAACGAGGAAAGGAGAUACCGGUUGGUGGAAAACCAAAUAAAAACAGCAGAGAAUUUACUUCAACAAAUGUUUGAAGAUGAGAUAGGUUCCGAAGACAUCGGACCACAGACUUUGGUGGAAAUUGAAAAACUAGAACCAGUUGAAGUCGACUGGAAUAAAGUCACGUUUGAAACAAUUGGAUAGGAUCUUUAAAUUGACUGCUUUUACUGAGGAGUUGAAUUCUCGGGAAAAAGCGCAUGAAAUAGGAGAAUUAUUAACUAUUUUUUUAAAAAAUCAGUCACACCCAUAUUAUACAUUUCACAGUUAAGAAAGACUAUCAAAUUUUCCCUGCAUCGUUUUAUUAAGUUAUAAAAUCGUGUAAUAUAUUUUCAUAAAUUGAAUAAUU